AUGACCAACUUCAACAUCCAGAUCAUCUCCGACACUGUGUGUCCGUGGUGCUACGUCGGCUACCGCCGCCUCAGCCGGGCCAUCGCACUGCACAAAACCACCCACCCAACCGACACCUUCACGCUCAGCUGGCACGCCUUCUACCUGCACCCGGAGGGACCGGGCUACCCGGGCCUGGACAAGCGGGAGGCCUUCCACAAGAAGUUCGGCGCCCAGCGCGCAUCCGCCAUCAUCGACCGCCUGACCUCCGUUGGGAAGACUGAGGACAUCGACUUCAGCUUCGGCGGACGCACCGGCAACACCCGCGACUCACACCGCCUGCUGUGGUGGGCCGGUCAGAAGGAGAAAGCCGAGGCCAGUGGAAGCAGCGGCAGCGCUGACAAGGGUCUGGUCGGCGGGUUGCAGACCCGCGUCGUGGAGAAGCUGUUCCGCGCCUAUUUCGAGGAUGAGAAAAAUCUUACCGACCCUGCCGUAUUGACGGAGGCUGCCGUGGACGCUGGCAUGGACAAGACCGCCGUCGAGAAGUUCCUGGCAUCCGAGGACGGCGGGAAGGAGGUCGAUGUCGAGGCCUAUGUGGCUCAGCGCCAAUUGGUCACGGGGGUGCCGUACUUCAUGAUCAACGGGGAGUACGCAGUGCCCGGGGCUGAUGAGCCGGAGACUUUCUUGGAGGUUUUUGGCAAGGUGAAGGGGGCUUGA